AUGCGCCCGGGCUUUGCGGUCCACGGGCCCGGUGCCAGUGCGCGUAUUCCCGGCGGUACUGGGGAAUUCCCGGUGUACUACAAGGCGUUGGGCACGCCGGUGGGUGGUGAGCUGGUGAAGAUCGCCUUUGAAGAAGGCCAGAUGGUCAAGGCCGGCGACCUGCUCGCCGAGAUCGACCCGCGCAGCUACCAGAACGCCUUGCUCCAGGCCCAGGGCACGCUGAUGCAGAACCAGGCCCAGCUGAAGAACGCCCAGGUCGACGUCCAGCGUUAUCGCGACCUGUAUGCCCAGGACAGUAUCGCCAAGCAGACCCUGGACACCGCCGAAGCGCUGGUCUUGCAGUACCAGGGCACGGUCAAGACCAACCAGGGCGCGGUGGAUGAUGCCAAGCUCAACCUCGAAUUCACCAAGAUCCGCGCGCCGAUCAGUGGCCGCGUCGGCCUGCGCCAGGUAGACGUGGGCAACCUGGUGGCAGCCAACGACACCACGUUCCUGGCCGUGAUCACCCAGACCCAGCCAAUCAGCCAACAGGCGACCGGCGUGCUGCAGAGCCUGGACAACCAGAUCGACGUGACCACCGGCACCCUGAAAUUCAAGGCGCGUUUCGAUAACAAGGACCAGGCGCUGUUCCCCAACCAGUUCGUCAAUUUCGGCAACACCGGCACCUUUGUCUAUGUGCUGGACGGCGACAAGAAGGUCAAGGUGCAGCCCCUGGUGGUGGGUGACACCGAUGGCGACAAUACCGUGAUCAAAGAAGGCCUCAAGGCCGGCGACCGCGUGGUGCUGGAAGGCACCGACCGCCUCCGGGACGGCAGCGAGAUCGAAGUGGUCAACGACAGCAGCGAAGUACCGACCACCCCGACCGAACACCUGCAAGGCAAGCCUGCGGCUAAAGGGAGACCGGCACCACCGCCGGCAAGGCGCAAAGGUCGGUUCAUGAACCUGUCGCGGCUGUUUAUCCUUCGCCCGGUCGCCACCACGCUGAGCAUGCUGGCCAUUGUGUUGGCCGGCAUCAUCGCGUAUCGCUUGUUGCCGGUGUCGGCGUUGCCCCAGGUGGAUUACCUGACCAUCCGCGUGAUGACGCUGUACCCCGGCGCCAGCCCGGAUGUGAUGACCAGCGCGGUGACCGCGCCACUGGAACGCCAGUUCGGGCAAAUGCCCGGCCUCACGCAAUGGCGUCCACCAGCUCUGGCGGUGCGUCGGUGCUGA